AUGAGUCCAGCUCGAGAAGCUGCCACGCCACCGGCGGAACCUGCUCAACCUCCUCCUGUCUCUCUGGGAAUCCACGGGCACAGCGAGGGAGGCGCAGAGGCGCGAGAGGCCGUCCAACGCGCCGGCGGGCAUCCCGGUCGUGUCACAGACUGUCACGAAGCGAGGCGCGAAACGUCUCGACGGAAUACCCAGUCACCGGAGGGAAGCGCCCUCGAGGCACGCAGCACACUCCAAACAGAGACAAUGGGCGGCCUGCAAAAGUUCUCUCCGGACACCGACGGCGUGAUAGGGAAGUUGAGUUUGGCGACGCGGUGCGGACCGUUCUCUGUUUACCGUCUUCGGUGCACGUACAUGCGCACGCUUGUCCUCCGAUUCCUGUUUAUUCUCAUGAACAACGCAAUGUGGAUUUGGGUCGGUGACCAAAAAGAAGUUCUCGAAGACCUGGAGGCAGCCUUUCCCAGCAAUCUCAAGGUGAGUGCUCCGGCGUCACGGAAGGGCCGUUAA